CUUAAAAGCAGAUUUUCAACCGAAAGCUUAUUAUUAGCCACUUCGUUAGAUAGUUUUCUAAAAAUGGAUUCAAAAAACAGUGAAUAUUUUAUUAAUCAAUAUCGGUCAAUUUUAAAUGUCAAUCAAGAUGAUUUAAAGGCGGAGAUGCUCGUUGCUAAGAAUUGUCCAUUAAAUUUAAAUAAUGAUUUUGAAUUAGACACCAUCAAAGAAAUUGCGAAGCGGAAUACAUUUCCAAACACCUACAAGCUGUUUCAAGUAGCUCUAACCAUACCGAUAAGUUCGGCAACAUGCCAGCGAUCCUUCUCAUGUAUGAGACGCAUUAAAAAUUGUUUGAGAACAUCAAUGGAGCAAGAUCGAUUUUCAAAUUUAGCCAUUUUAAAUAUUGAAAGAGAUAUGUCUAAUAAUUCAUUUAACUCUGCUUCAAUUCAACAUUUAAAUUGUGUUAAUUUAGUUAUUACAUCAAAGAAACUCACCACAUUGAUUGGCAUUUUAAACACAUUUGAUGCUAGCAUAAUUGUAGGAAAUUUAAAUAAGGAACUUUUAAGUUUCUUCUAUUGUUAA